UCCUGACAGCAGCACGAGCGAUGCGAGUCGAGGGCUGCGAGGAAACAGACUAAAAAAAAACACAAACACCUCGGCCGAGUCUCGUUUUGUUUUCAGCGGAGUGAAAAGCAACACAGCGCAGCGAGCAUGUCGGUGCUAGCUCUGCAAGAGUACGAAUUCGAGAGACAGUUCAAUGAGGACGAAGCCAUACGAUGGAUGCAGGAGAACUGGAAGAAGUCCUUUCUCUUUUCUGCACUCUACGCUGCCUGUAUCCUCGGUGGCCGCCAUGUCAUGAAACAGAGGGAGAAGUUUGAGCUGAGGAAACCGCUGGUGCUAUGGUCGCUCACACUUGCUGUAUUCAGUAUAUUUGGUGCCAUCCGUACUGGGAGUUACAUGAUGUACAUCCUGAUGACGAAAGGGCUUAAACAGUCAGUUUGUGACCAGAGCUUUUACAACGGGCCUGUCAGCAAGUUCUGGGCAUAUGCCUUUGUACUUAGUAAAGCACCAGAACUGGGUGACACUCUGUUCAUCGUCCUGAGGAAACAGAAGCUCAUCUUCCUUCACUGGUAUCACCACAUCACCGUGUUGCUCUACUCUUGGUACUCCUAUAAAGACAUGGUGGCCGGUGGCGGAUGGUUCAUGACCAUGAACUAUUUGGUCCACGCCGUCAUGUACUCUUAUUACGCCUUGCGGGCGGCUGGCUUCAAGGUGUCGCGCAAUUUCGCCAUGUUCAUCACACUCACCCAGAUCACCCAGAUGCUGAUGGGUUGUGUGGUUAACUACCUGGUGUACUCAUGGAUGCAGCAGGGCCAGGAGUGUCCAUCCCACAUGCAGAACAUUGUGUGGUCCUCUCUCAUGUACCUCAGCUACUUUGUGCUCUUUGUCCAGUUCUUCAUCGAGGCCUACUUCAGCAAGUCCAAAUCAUCGGCUGCGGCUGUCACCAAGAAGAGCGAGUAAAAAACAAAAAUGCCAUUAGUAUGGGAAGAAGGGAGAGAUUAUAAAGAAAAGGGAGGUGGGGAUGGAGAGCAGGUUCCAGUGACUUGAGAGAAUCUGUUAGGGUUGGGUAAGGGUUGUUGGAAUGAAAGAUGGAUGAUGGAGAGG